AUGGGACUUCCUCUGCCCCUGCACGGCAUCCGGGGGCCGUGUCGGACCCACCCCCAGAUUUCUCCCCCAGCUGUGUCUUUCUCUUUGCAGCCUCCUCUGGUCCAAGCCAUCUUCAACCGCGAUAUAGAGGAGGUGCGGUCGUUGCUGAACCAGAAAGAGAAUAUCAAUAUAUUGGACCAAGAACGACGAACCCCACUGCAUGCUGCUGCCUACUUAGGAGAUGUCCCAAUCAUUGAGCUCCUAAUACUGUCAGGUGCUAACGUAAAUGCAAAGGACACUGUUUGGCUAACCCCGCUGCAUCGCGCCGCAGCUUCUCGCAAUGAGAAGGCACUUAACCUCCUCCUGAAGCACUCGGCGGACGUCAACGCCCGCGAUAAGUACUGGCAAACGCCGCUCCACGUCGCCGCUGCCAACAGAGCCACCAAGUGCGCGGAGGCCAUCAUCCCCCUGCUGAGCAGUGUGAACGUGGCAGAUCGCACCGGCCGCACGGCGCUGCACCACGCCGUGCACAGCGGCCACAUCGAGGUGGUGAACUUGCUCUUAAACAAGGGGGCCAGCCUGAGCACGUGUGACAAGAAGGAGCGUCAGCCCAUCCACUGGGCAGCCUUCCUAGGGCAUUUGGAAGUUCUGAAGCUGCUGGUGGCCCGGGGAGCUGACGUCAUGUGCAAGGAUAAGAAGGGUUACACCUUGCUCCACACCGCGGCAGCCAGUGGCCAGGUCGAGGUCGUGAAACACCUGCUGAGGCUGGGAGUCGAGAUCGAUGAACCCAAUUGCCUUGGGAACACUGCACUUCACAUCGCCUGUUACAUGGGCCAGGAUGCCGUGGCCAAUGAGCUGGUCAACUACGGCGCCAACGUCAAUCAGCCCAACGAGAAGGGCUUCACCCCUCUGCACUUUGCUGCCGUCUCCACCAACGGGGCCCUUUGCCUGGAGCUCCUUGUGAACAAUGGAGCCGACGUGAACUUUCAGAGUAAGGAAGGGAAGAGCCCUUUGCAUAUGGCUGCCAUUCACGGACGGUUUACACGUUCUCAGAUCCUCAUACAGAACGGCAGCGAGAUAGACUGUGCUGACAAAUAUGGCAAUACCCCCCUCCAUGUUGCUGCUAGAUACGGCCACGAGCUGCUAAUUAGUACUUUGAUGACGAAUGGUGCUGACACUGCAAGGCGUGGAAUCCACGACAUGUUCCCUCUGCACUUAGCUGUUCUCUUUGGAUUUUCAGACUGUUGUCGUAAGCUACUUUCCUCAGGUCAGCUGUACAGCAUCGUCUCCUCACUGAGCAACGAACACGUGCUGUCCGCGGGUUUCGAUAUCAACACGCCUGACAACCUUGGGAGGACGUGCCUCCAUGCUGCUGCUUCUGGAGGGAACGUUGAAUGUCUUAAUUUGCUGUUGAGCAGCGGUGCUGACUUGAGGAGGAGAGAUAAAUUUGGAAGGACUCCACUGCACUACGCGGCUGCCAAUGGCAGCUAUCAGUGUACGGUGACGCUGGUCACCGCCGGAGCCAGUAUUAACGAGACGGACUGUAAAGGCUGCACUCCCUUACACUAUGCUGCUGCUUCGGACACGUACAGGAGAGCGGAGACUCAUUCAGGAAACAGCCAUGACACUGACGAGGAGCCACUGAAGGAGUCCAGAGUGAAGGAGGCAUUCUUUUGUUUAGAGUUCUUACUGGAUAACGGUGCGGACGCGUCGCUCCGGGACAAGCAGGGAUACACCGCUGUCCACUAUGCAGCUGCCUACGGCAACAGACAGAACCUCGAGUUGCUCCUGGAAAUGUCUUUUAACUGCCUGGAGGACGUGGAAAGCACCAUCCCAGUCAGCCCUUUGCACUUAGCUGCCUAUAACGGUCACUGUGAAGCCCUAAAGACACUUGCCGAAACCCUCGUGAACCUUGACGUGCGGGACCACAAAGGGCGGACGGCGCUGUACCUUGCCACGGAGAGGGGCUCCACGGAGUGCGUGGAGGUGCUCACCAGCCACGGUGCUUCCGCCCUUGUGAAGGAGAAGAAGAAGAAGUGGACGCCGCUCCAUGCUGCAGGUGGGAGUGGAAAGGCACCUCUGCUGGGUUGGUCAGUGGAUCGGGCACCACAAAUCUCAUUGCAGGGUUCUUUGCUGCAAACCCCACUGAUGCUGGCGAUCAUGAACGGCCACGUCGACUGCGUCCAUCUCUUGCUGGAGAAGGGAUCCACAGCAGAUGCAGCGGACAGGAGAGGCAGGACUGCGCUGCAUCGAGGGGCGGUGACGGGGUGUGAGGACUGCCUGGGAGCCCUGCUGGACCACGAUGCCUUUGUAUUGUGUCGGGAUUUCAAGGGUCGAACCCCGAUCCAUUUUGCGUCGGCGUGUGGGCAUUCAGAAAUCCUGAGGACCUUGCUGCAGGCAGCGAUCUCUACUGACCCUCUGGACUCCGUGGUCGAUUACAGCGGCUACUCACCGAUGCACUGGGCUUCGUACAGUGGACAUGAAGAUUGUCUUGAAUUGUUACUUGAACACAAUCCAUUUGUGUACCUAGAAGGAAACCCCUUUACUCCAUUGCACUGUGCAGUAAUUAACAGCCAGGAAGGCACUGCUGAAAUGCUGGUGGAAGCAUUGGGUGCCAAGAUUGUUAAUAGCAGAGAUGCCAAAGGAAGGACACCCCUUCACGCUGCUGCCUUUGCAGACAACAUCCACGGUUUACAGCUGCUGCUGCGUCACCAGGCUGAGGUAGACACGACUGACCAGUUGGGAAGGACCCCUCUCAUGAUGGCUGCUGAGAACGGGCAGACCGCAGCAGUCGAGUUCCUGCUGUAUAGAGCGAAAGCAGAUUUAACUGUGCUGGACGUCAACAAGAACACGGCUCUUCACCUGGCCUGCAGCAAGGGUCAUGAAAAGUGUGCCUUGUUGAUUCUGGGGGAAACCCAAGACCUUGGCCUUAUCAAUGCAACUAACAGUGCUCUGCAGAUGCCGCUCCAUAUUGCAGCUCGGAACGGGCUGGCCUCUGUUGUCCAGGCCUUGCUCAGCAGAGGCGCCACUGUACUUGCUGUGGAUGAAGAAGGUCACACCCCAGCCUUGGCUUGCGCCCCCAACAAGGACGUUGCAGACUGCCUGGCACUUAUCCUCUCCACCAUGAAGCCUUUUCCACCUAAAGACGCCAUCAGCCCUUUCAGCUUCAACCUCCUCAAGAACUGCGGCAUUGCGGCCAAAACAGCGGCCUGUGGGGCCCUGCCCAACGGCAGCACGUGCCCCUACACCAAGGACCGGCACAAUGCUAUCGGCUUAGACGGCUGUUACUCGGAGUAGCUUAAACUAUGGGUAUCUAAUAUCUUCUUCUAUUUAUUUAGAAAUUCUAUAAAUAUAGGGCACUUUAAAGGAGAACAAGACUGGACAGGCCUUCACACAGGGCUUGGCAACCGACGUUAGUUUCCUCUUCUGCCUAGGCCCUCACUCGGUUGCCAGCAGCUAAUUGACUUAAUGAGCAGCUGGCAAAGAGCCUUUCCCUACCCCACGUUCAGUGCGGGCGAACCCCUCCUGGAGCGACGGCUGGCAAAAGCAGCCCCGUUGCGUUAGCACAGCUGGUCCCGGGCAGGGGCCAGGGAAUGUUUCAGGUUUUCUGAAAAAGGGACUUUCUGAUUUCUAACGUCCUGUUUCUAGAACUAACCUCUCCCCAUUGGGAAGCUCCUUAGGAGGGCAGCCCUGCUUGGUGGUUCUUCAAUGCCCUCCUCCCGUCACCACCCCCGCUGGGCCAGGGCCGCCGCUGGGCUUCGUCUCUUGGUGACCGCUGAGCUCUGAGGCGGCAGUGAUCAAACAGCCUUACAGGGCUGCUUGUUGAGAGGCGGCUUCUCCGCCAUUAGGAAUUGGAUUGCCAAUUCCUUUCACCCGGGAGCUGGGAAGAAAGUUUGGUCCCUCCCAGCCCUGAGGUUGGAUUGACUUUGGAGCCAGUUUUGUUUCAAAGCCUCCACCUGGAACUUCCCUUCCUGCCUGUCUAACCCUCCGCUUUCCUUUCAGUUCCCCUCCCGUGCCCCCGACUCUGCAGCGUGCCGGCUCUGUUCAUUCCACAGUUGCACAGUCUAGCCAGAAAGCGGAAACUUGAACUUGGGGGGGAGGGGGGGAGAGAGAUUAGACAAGCGAGCGACUGCUGAGUGGUGGGUGUUAGCACCUGGGCAAGUGCCACUGUAACUGCUCCUUCAUCUGAAUCGUUUUGUUUUCAUGCUCAUCCUUUGAUUCCAAUAAGAACACUUGAAUCCCGAACUACUGUACCCAGGACAUUGAGAUAACCUCUGGCAGCUCUCACUCCUUCAUAUGCAAAAACGGGUGCUACUGUCCAUCCGCCGCGGUCUGCUCCGAACCCCACGUUUGCACUGCUGGAAUAUUCCCUCCCCACACCAGGCACUUUAGGGAUUCUAAUUUUUCUCUUCUUUUGGCAAAAUGUUGGAUCCUGAGAGGCGAUUCCUUCUUAAGUUUUGUUCCUCUCCGUAUUGCGCGGCCAUUCCCAUGUGAGAGUUCGUCAGUGUUGCUUUUUAAAAAUUUAUUUAUAACGAAAUGAGCUUUUACCUUAAAAAAAAAAAAAAAAAAAAAAAAAAGUUUUAACCUUUUAAGGAAAAAAAUGCACUUCAAAGUCCUUAUUCACAACCCUAAGUCUGUAUUUAUUUUUCUAACGUGGCAUCUUGGCAGGUUUUAUUAGCGUGUGUGUAUGUGGGAUUGGUGUUUUCAUUUAAGUGUUGUUGGUUUUUUUUUUAAUUUUAAAAAUCCUAUUUAUAAUGCAUGUUUGAAACAUUCAAGA